AUGAGGAAGGACAGAUCCAACUGGUCAGAGUCGGCUAACGGAUCUUCUCAAAUGGAUGCUCUCUCCUUGGAGUCCACCAGCAAGGAAGCCUAUUUCAGCAGAGUGGAAACGUUCACCCCGCUGAAGUGGGCGGGCAAACCCCACGAGCUGUCUCCCCUGGUCUGCGCCAAGUACGGCUGGACCAACGUGGAGUGCGACAUGCUGAAGUGCUCCAGCUGCCAGGCCUUCCUCUGCGUGAGCCUGCAGCUCGCGUUUGACUUCAACAAGUAUAAGGAGCGCUGCGUGGAGCUGAAGAAGGCCUUGUGCACCGCUCAUGAGAAGUUCUGCUUCUGGCCGGACAGCCCCUGCCCAGAUCGCUUUGCCAUGCUGCUGGUGGAUGAGCCCAGAGCCCUUCUCCAGGACUUCCUGGACCGCUUUCAGAGCCUGUGUCAGCUGGAGCUGCAGCUGCCUUCCCUCAGACCAGAAGACAUGAAAAACAUGUGCCUGACAGAGGAGAAGAUCAGCCUGCUCCUCCAGCUGAUCGGAGAGGAACUAGAGCACAAAGCAGAGGGAGAGAAACCGCCGAUGAAGUUUGCCACGGAAAUCCUGCAAGUGCACGUCCCUGCCUGCGUCCUGGCUCUGUGUGGCUGGACUUGCAGCGCUGCGUCUGGCUCCGUGCACCUCUCGGUGAUCACCUGCUGCCGCUGCAUGAGGAAGGUGGGACUGUGGGGCUUUCACCAGCUGGAGUCUGUGGGGCCGGAGCUGGACUCCUGCAGCAUGAUCAGCACACUGCCGGCACCUGCCGAGCGCAUCCCGCUCGUGCCCACGUCUCCACGCAGGAUGCUCACGCGGAGCCAAGACUCGCUCCCUCCAGGCUCCGAGCAGCACGAGAAGAGCACGUCCCCUGCCAUCUCUCGCUCGCGGGGUUGGGACUCUCCCAUCCCCAUGGACCGGAGUGAGUUGGAGGUGGCCAGCCCCACUCUGAGGAGCCGCCCCGUCACCCGCAGCAUGGGGCAGGGGGACAACGUGGAGAUGCCAUCCAGUCCUCUCCGCAGAGCCAAGCGGAUACGGCUCUGCUCUUCCAGCAGCUCGGACACUUUUAUGAGGAGCUUCUUUGACCCCAGCUCUCAGCAUCGUGACUGGUGCCCCUGGGUCAACCCAGUGGAAGGUGGGGAAGCCCUGGAGGAUACCACGACCCAGACUGAGAAGGAACCUGCAAAGGCAGAGCCGGGCUGGCAAGUGGUACUGAACACGCUCCUCGCCACCAGAAAGUGCGACAGAGUGCCCGAGACGGAGCCCGUGAGUCUCUCGGUGAAGUCCUGCAAGGUGUUCCGCAUUUUCCGGCAGUGGGAGAGCAUGAAUUCCUCCUGA